CCCUCCCGUCUCUCUGCUCUCGUGCUCUCUCGCUCGCUCUGUAACAAUGAGCGCUUCGACGAGCCCGUGCCUAAUCUCUCCCGCGGCUUCCAUCGCGACGGCGGCGAUCUCGAAGCCGAACCGGCUCCGGCUCGGGUUCGGGUUCGGGUUCGAGCUCGACGCGAGGAAGUACCGCUCCGCCUCCGCCUCCGCCUCCGCAUCAUCAUCAUCAUGCAGAGCGGCGUCUUCUUCUUCGGCGACGUGGAUGAUGACGGACUUCGACCUGUACGACCUCCUCGGCAUCGACAGCUCAUCCUCCCCCGCCCAGAUCAAGCUCGCCUACCGCUCCCUCCAGAAGCGGUGCCACCCGGACAUCGCCGGCCCGGAGGGCCACGACAUGUCCAUCAUCCUCAACGACGCCUACGCCUUGCUCUCCGAUCCGGCCUCCCGCGCCGCCUACGACAAGGAACAAGCGAAGACCUCUGAACUUCGAGGUUACACAGGGAAGCCCAUCUACUCGGUAUGGCUCGGUUCCGACAGCGAACAGAGAGCGGUGUUCGUGGAUGAGGUCAAGUGCGUCGGCUGCUUGAAAUGCGCCUUGUGCGCCGAGAGGACCUUCGCGAUCGAGUCGGUCUACGGGAGGGCGCGGGUCGUUGCGCAGUGGGCCGACCCCAACCAUAAAAUUCAACAGGCGAUAGAAGCCUGUCCCGUGGAUUGCAUCUCUAUCGUUGAGAGAUCAGACCUGGCAGCUCUCGAAUUUCUGAUGUCUAAGCAGCCGAGGGGCAACGUAAGAAUUGGUGCCAGCAACUCGGUCGGUUCACGCGUCUCUAACAUAUUCGUCGAUGUGAAGAAGUUUCAAACCAGGGUUACCGAGGCAAGGAGCAAAGCCGCAACAACAGAUGAUGAGCAGACUGAUCUGCAAAUGAAGGCUCGAGUUUCAGCUAUCCAGGCAAUCAGGUCGAUCUCAAACUGGAUAUACUGGCAAUCGCCCGACAUGGGAAGCAAAGCCCUGACACGUAGAACUGGAGAUUCAAGGGAUCCAGACCUCAAGAAACUCCGCGAUGCUGCGGCUUCUAGGAAAUUGGCAGGUGUCAAAUCUGCGAAUGCCAGACGAACCACCGCAAGCCUAUCAUACCAUGAUGAGUAUUGGAUUCCCACUCUCCAUGCGCUUCCGCCUGCAACCGCAACUGAGGAGGAAUCUGCUCCUAGAGUUUCCAAGGAGUCCUCAUCUAACAAAAGGCAAAAGAGACGCGAUCCCCGUCCGAGCACAAAGAGGAAUACUUCAAGGAACCCACUAUGGCGGGCGUUUCCAGUCUGUGCAGCCUCGGUUGCCGCUGCAAUUGUGAGGUCACAGGUUGGGGAUGGAAUGGUUGGGGAUUUGCAACAGCACGUCGGCGGAUCUCUAGCGCUGGACAUCGUUAACAGCUCGUGGAUGCAGGUACUGUUAGCCGGGAUCACGUGGUAUUUCAUUGGUGUAACGGUCGUAGAUCUAGUAGAAGCAGCUCUAAGCAAAGUGGGAUCAGCUAAAGAGCAAAAGAAGAUGUGACAUCACAUUGUAUUGUUAGAACAUACCCAAAGAAGUCAGAGGUACGCAGGACAAUUUCGAUAACCACCCCCGAAGUCGGGGGAAUAUCUGAUACAGAUGCUCGAUGCAAUUAUCGAAUUGCCUAUGAUAUAGAUGAUUGAUGCCAUAAAUGUUUCCAUCAUUUAGCUGCUAACAUAUUAAACCUUCA